AACUUUAAACCCUGGACAAGUCUCUUCUGCUAAACCCCCAAAUUAGACAGUUUAAUCUCAUUUUUUUGCAUUGCAAUUCUUCCAUCAGAAACAAAACCUUGAAAAAGCAAAAAUAAAAAUGGCGUCUUUGCUUCUCCGAAAACGAACAAGAAGAAACCUCUGGUUUCUCAAUCCCACAGCCAUAACCCAACACCUUAAUCUUCCUACUUUUCAAUCGGAAAACCAAAAUUUUUCAGUUCCUCACAACUCUCCAAAUUCAAUCCGAAAUCACGAGUUUUCCAAUUCCACGGUCUCUGAAUUUCUCCUCAAAGCAUUAAAACGCGUAGCUUCUUCAACGACUAGUGUUUUUUGCCGUCGUUUUGAUCCACAAUGGUCUCGUUUCUUUGGUUCUCAGACGGCCGUGGAACCCUCGACCUCGGACGGGCUCACCGUGGAGAGAAUCAUCGCUAGUGGGUGGACCAUUCUCGACGAGAGCGAGAAGGAUUGGAAGAGUCACGCCGCUGCUGUUGCCCAAUCCAUUCAUGUCAUCAAGAAACGGAUGCAGUGGAAGAAGUUGCUGGUAAGGCUGGAUCUGCUAACGGCAGAGCUGAAUAAGCCGGAUAUUUGGAAUGAUCCUGUGCAUGCAGGGAGGGUAAGCCGUGAGCAUGGCUCGCUUAUGGGUAAAAUGAAAGGGGUCAAGGCGUUUGAGCGAGAAUUGCUCGAGCAUAUAGACAUGAUUAAGCUUGCUCGUGAAGAAGAUGAUGCAGAGUUGGAAUCGGAAGCACUGAAAGCUUUGCUUCAAAUGAGAAGAAUCUCAAAAGAGAAAGAGCUAGAAGCUAUGUUAGCUGGGGAACAUGAUCCUUGCCCAUGUUACAUAGAGGUUCAAGCAGGAGCUGGCGGUACUGAGAGCAUGGACUGGGCAUCCAUGGUCAUGGUGAUGUAUAAAAUGUGGGGUCAACAUCGUGGCUAUAAGGUUACUGUUGUGGAUGAAAUGCCUGGUGAAAUUGCAGGAAUCAAGCGGGCAACUAUCAAAGUGGAUGGUGAAUAUGCUUAUGGCUAUGCCAAAGCAGAAGUAGGAGUGCACAGACUGGUAAGAAUCUCACCAUUCGACAGUAAUAAGCGCCGGCAUACUUCAUUUGCUGCUGUUGCUGUAAUCCCCAUUCUGGGUGACGGAUCUACUCCUGUACAAAUUAAUGAAUCCGAUCUUCGUAUUGAGAGAUUCCGCUCCGGGGGAGCUGGUGGUCAACAUGCUAACACAACCGAUAGUGCUGUGCGGAUAGUCCAUAUUCCUACAGGAAUUACUGCGACUUGUCAAAAUGAAAGAUCUCAACACCAAAACAAAGCUUCAGCAAUGGCUGUGCUUCGGUCUCGAUUAGACCAGCUCGAGAUGGCACGACAGGCUCAGAUGAAUGCGCAACAUACGCAGUCUCUUACUGAUAUCACUUGGGGCAACCAGAUACGCAGCUAUGUUCUACAUCCAUACCAAAUGGUGAAAGAUCUUCGAACUAACUAUGAGGUGUCAGACCCUGAUUCUGUUCUUGAGGGAGAUUUAGAUGGCUUCAUCAUGAGUUACUUAUCGGCUUUCUUGGACAAGGAUGACAAUGGCCAGUAAAUUCGAGCUCUAACGUUGACUUUUGGUUCACGGAUUUAAAAUCAUGAUUUAGAAUUAUUCUCAAUUUAUGUGUGUUUUUUAUAAGAGAAAAUACUGUAGUGAGCCACGAACUAUGAUUCGAAUCAUGUCACGAAUCCUCAUACCAAACACCCUAUAGAUUCUGACCAAGACCCGGAAGCUGUUGAGCUGAGUUACUUAUUAGCUUCAUCUUAGCAUGCAUGUGGCAUUCUAAGAUGCCGAGCCAACUAGCUGCAAUGGCGAUAAUUGUCUGGCAACGACAACUUAGAGAGUUUGUGUUGCCUGUCGAGCAAAUGCUACUUUGCACUGUCACAUCUGUGCUAUAUAUAACGUUUUCAAGAGCAUAAUUCUUUGUGGAAUGACCAAAAGAGGUCUAAGCAUUUGCAAAAUAUUGCUGCUACCAUUGUUUUUUGGCUAUAAAAAGGGUAUUGUAAUAAAAUAGUAUUUGCAAUUCAAAUUAUUAAUCUCAUAAAUUUAUUUUUAUACCCUUAUCCUUCUUA